UCCAACCGAGGAAACAAAUGAAAACAAUAUUAUAUAUAUUUUUUUUUAAAAAUCAAAUUAAUGUAUUUACAAUGAAUUCUGAACCAGCAGUCAGACACCACCAGGCACUGCAUGAUUGUGUGUACUUGUAGAAAUUCAGGCUUGCAGUUAAUGAAAUCUAUUUUCUGUCAUUAACCAGCGCUGGGAAGAAAAAAAAAAAAACUGUGUUUAAAAAAAAAAAAAAAUCCUCUUUCUACCCUGUGCCGGCAGAUUACCGUCGUCCUGACUUAAAACCAUCAUUCGUCUGUUUUUUUUUUUUAGUUCACUUUGUUUUGCCUGGGAUCUGUGCGCCAUACCCCUACAGCCCAAGACAAAACGCUCUUUCCAGGACGUUUCAAACUUCAUUGAACUUUGACAGAAGCUAGAGAACGCGCUGGGAGUUGUGCAAUGGGCCACUGAGCAGUGUGUUCAGUGGUCUUGUGGAUUACUGUCGGCCCACACCCCUUGGAGAGACAGAGAGAGGGUGAGGGAGUGUGCGAGGGGUCGCGGGGGAGCUCUGAAUGAGCACCGACCCACGGCGUUCGGGAUGGGGAUUCAAGGCAUGGAGAUCCUCGCGGUGGGGGUGGUCCUCUUCAUGUUCAUGGCCGUCCUCAAGCAGUUUGGGGUCCUUGAACCUAUGGAAGACAGCAGUGAAAGUGAUCUGGAGCUGUCGACAGUGAGGCACCAGCCGGAGGGUCUGGAUCAGCUGCAGGCGCAGACCAAAUUCACCAAGAAGGAGCUGCAGUCUCUGUACCGGGGCUUCAAAAACGAGUGCCCCAGCGGUCUGGUGGAUGAGGAGACCUUUAAGAUGAUCUACUGUCAGUUCUUCCCGCAAGGAGACGCCACCACCUACGCUCACUUCCUGUUCAAUGCCUUUGACAUCGACAGGACCGGCUCCAUCCGCUUCGAGGACUUUGUCAUCGGACUCUCAGUGCUGCUUCGAGGCUCAGUCCAUGAGAAACUCAAAUGGGCCUUCAACCUCUAUGACAUCAACAAGGAUGGCUACAUCACCAAGGAGGAGAUGCUGGCGAUCAUGAAGUCCAUCUACGAUAUGAUGGGGAACUACACAUACCCCUCGGUGAGAGAGGACACCCCCUUCGAGCACGUCGAGAAGUUCUUCCAGAAGAUGGACAGAAACCAGGAUGGAGUCGUGACCAUUGAUGAGUUCAUGGAGACUUGUCAAAAGGAUGAAAACAUCAUGAGCUCCAUGCAGCUGUUCGAGAAUGUGAUCUAGAACUACCUGGAAUGAUCUAGAACGUCUGCACCAAUCGUCUACCGUCACUCACCCACCCACCCACCUAUUUCUGUGUCAACAACAGACUGAACUUUUUCUAUAGAAAUUAUAUAUAUAUAUAAUUAUAUAUAUAUAA